AUGAAGUUUGUGUCGUUGUUACAUCUCCUAUCCUUUAUCAGUUCAGGUUAUGCCUGCGGCGAUCAUCACGAUGAGAAGGAAUGGAGUAACGAAGAAUUAGCAGAGUUGGAGGCGAAAUGGGGGCACGAGUGGUCGUUCAAUGGCAUCGGGUCAUUUGCUCACCUGGACUAUGUCAAAUGUCUCACAAACCCUCAAGAGAAAUAUGAUAUUGCCAUCAUCGGAGCGCCCUUUGAUAACGCCGUUUCUUUCAGACCAGGCGCCCGAUUUGGCCCUAGAGCUAUUAGACAAGCGUCUUCGCGCCAGACUUCGUUACGCGCAUUCAACCCUCGUGCCAACAUCAACCCGUAUCAAAAUUGGGCAAAGAUUGUCGAUUGCGGAGAUAUUCCCAUAACACCCUUUGAUAAUAAUAUUGCAAUAGAGCAAAUGACACAGGCAUUCAAGAAUCUUGGCAGAGGUCGGCCUAUAAGCUCCUUGAGUCAAGGUAAACCGAAGCUCAUCACUCUUGGUGGUGAUCACAGUUUAGCGCUUCCCGCUUUAAGGUCCUUGAAUGAGAUUUAUGGCAAGCCUGUUCGUGUGCUUCACUUUGACGGUAUGUGUAUCCCCCAUAAUCUCCAAAAUAAUGAGCAAACGCUAAAAAAAAACACGACAGCUCAUCUGGACACUUGGGAUCCUGCUGCAUACCCAUCCGCCUGGGGCUCAACGCACUUCACACAUGGUUCAAUGUUCUGGAUGGCUAACCAAGAAGGUCUGCUAUCUAAUUCCUCAACCGGCCAAUCUGUUCAUGCUGGCCUACGCACCCGUCUCAGCGGAACGGAUUGGGCAGAUCACGAGUCCGAUACCGCCCAGAACUGGGUUCGCUUUGCCGCUGACGAAAUUGAUGAUAUUGGCACCAAAGGUAUCAUUGAUGGUAUCAUGUCGGUGUUAGGAACUGAAGACCCUGUCUAUCUGUCGGUUGACAUCGACGUAUUGGAUGUUGCUUUCGCACCUGGUACUGGAACCCCAGAGCCCGGUGGUUGGACUACCCGAGAGCUUAUCAGGAUUUUGAGAGGCAUCGAGGGCUUGAAUAUUGUUGGUGCUGACAUAGUCGAAGUUAGUCCGGCAUACCAGGGAAGAGGUGAAGAGACCGCAUUAGCAGCAGCACAAGUCGUCUAUGAGAUCUUAAGCUCCAUUGUUAAGAAAGGAUUGGAGAAUGGGGUUAAUAAAAAAGGGGAGAAUGGAAGAGAUGAGUUGUAG